AUGGUGUCCAAGAAGGUGUUUUGCGGGGCUAGGAGCCCCCGCAUCACCGGCAUCCUGCUCCGGGUGGACUGGGUCCUCCUAUUCCUGCGCCCAGGGGCUGAGCUGGACUCCUGCUCAGACCCGAACCCUGGGAGGAACCGAGAGGUGCCUGGUGCGCAUCCCAGCCCCUGGAGAAGCGCACCGAUCCGAGAUACGCGCGGAAGUACCUGCCGCUCCCUUCACAGUUCAUUCACCCAGAGACUACUGCCUCCGCUGCACGAUCCCUUCUAUCGACAAAUUGCUUUUGCCUCUCAGAAGAUGUCUCAGAAGAUCAAAGCUGGUUCUGUGGUGGAGAUGCAGGGGGAUGAAAUGACACGGGUCAUCUGGGAGCUUAUUAAAGAGAAACUCAUCUUUCCCUACUUGGAACUGGACAUGCACAGUUUUGACCUGGGUAUGGAAAAUCGAGAUGCAACGGACGACCAGGUGACCAUAGAAGCAGCGGAGGCAGUGCGUCGCUACAAUGUGGGGAUCAAGUGUGCCACCAUCACCCCAGAUGAAAAUAGGGUGGAGGAGUUCAAGCUUAAGCAGAUGUGGCGUUCCCCAAAUGGAACCAUCCGGAACAUCCUGGGAGGGACAGUGUUCAGGGAGGCCAUUAUCUGCAAGAACAUCCCCCGCCUGGUUCCUGGCUGGAUCAAGCCCAUCAUCAUCGGGAGACAUGCCCAUGGAGAUCAAUACAAAGCCACAGACUUUGUGGUGCCUGGGCCUGGUAAAGUUGAGAUGACAUACACCCCCACUCAAGGAGAGCCAAUCAAGUUCUUAGUUCAUGAUUUUCAAGGCACAGGUGGAGUUGCAUUGGGGAUGUACAACACUGAUGCUUCCAUCAGGGACUUUGCACACAGCUCUUUCCAGAUGGCUAUAAACAAAAGCUGGCCUCUCUACCUCAGCACCAAGAACACUAUCCUCAAGAAGUAUGAUGGGCGAUUCAAAGACAUCUUCCAGGAGAUUUACGAGAAGGAGUACCGUGCUAAGUUUGAGGCUAAUGGGAUUUGGUAUGAGCACAGACUGAUUGACGAUAUGGUUGCCCAGGCCAUGAAGUCUGAAGGUGGCUUUAUUUGGGCUUGCAAAAACUAUGAUGGAGACGUACAGUCCGAUUCAAUCGCACAAGGUUAUGGCUCCUUGGGCAUGAUGACCAGUGUGUUGAUCUGUCCUGACGGCCGGACUGUAGAGUCUGAGGCGGCUCAUGGCACAGUGACCCGUCACUACAGACAGCACCAGCAGGGCAAAGAAACAUCUACAAAUCCCAUCGCCUCAAUCUUUGCUUGGACACGGGGUUUGCUCCACAGGGCCACUCUGGAUAACAACAAGGAACUGAAGUAUUUUUCAGAAGCUUUGGAAGCCGUCUGUGUUGAAACUAUUGAAGCUGGUUUCAUGACCAAAGACUUGGCCAUCUGCAUUAAGGGACUACCCAAGUUGACUCGGGCUGACUAUUUGAACACCUUUGAAUUUUUGGAUAAACUGGCUGAAAACCUGAAGUUGAAGAUGGCCAACCAGCCCAAGUUGUAA